UAUCGUCCACAGUGUGGUUCAGCAAUUUCAGCAAGUUAACCAUGUUCCAAACAGCCAAAAAUCACACACUAAUAAAUAUGAACUCCCUCAAAAGAGACAACAAAACCGAUGUCAACCAACAGACGUCUGAUGCCAAACACACAGCAGUAACUACAGUGAACAGACAUAACGCGACAGACACGCUCAGUAUGGAGUUCAUAACAGCUGUUUCAGUAAAAGAAACAUCGUCCAUCCGUUACCAUGAAGCGCAUCCACACAACUACCGCUUCAUCAUAGACGAGCCCCAUAAGUGUGAACAAGAGAACCCAUUUCUAGUCCUCAUGGUUCCAGUGGCUCCACACCAACUGGAGGCUCGCAACGCCAUCCGGAGCACAUGGGGUAAUGAAAGCAUGGUCCAAAACAAAACCAUCACGGUGAUCUUCUCGCUGGGUCUGCCUGGGAUCGAGGCUGAGAAACAACAGGAGGAACUAAGGCUGGAAAGCCAGCAGUACCAUGACCUGGUCCAGAGUGACUUCAUGGACUCGUACCUCAACUUGACAAUAAAGACCAUGGUAAUCAUGGACUGGCUGGCCACACACUGCCCACAGGCAUCCUACGCUAUGAAGAUAGACUCUGACAUGUUCUUGAAUCUGGAGAACUUGAUGAACUUGUUACUGAGACCUGAUACUCCUAAAGAAAACUACAUGACGGGAGAGGUUAUGUGGAACAGACCGGUCAUCCGUGACAAGAACUCCAAGUGGUACGUGCCAAAGGAAUUAUAUGCUGAAGACUACUAUCCAACAUACCUGCUGGGGAUGGGUUAUGUCUUCUCCAAUGAUCUUUCAGAGAAGAUUGUUGAGGUUUCAAAAGAAAUAAAGCCAUUUAACGUAGAGGAUGCAUACGUGGGUGCCUGUCUGAAAAGAAUAGGAAUUUCACCAUCAGACCCUCCCAAUCCCUCCCAGUUUAAGGACUAUUUUAGUGGUAAUUAUAAACGAGAAGAGUUUGCCAGUGUGAUCACCACCAUCCUUAACUCCCCACAGCAGCUGAUCACAUUCUGGCAGGACCUAAAGAGGCCUACAUGAAGGACAAUCCCUUCAGACUUGUACUUGAUAGAACCACCUUCUGCUGCAUUAACAGGUUCCCACCAGCUCUGCACACUGUUUGGGAGAGAUUUUUUUUGCUCCAUGUUGUUCAGGUUUGUCGGAUGGUCCUUGAGGACUGCAGUUUUCAGAUAGUGCCAUAGAUUCUCAAUUUGAUUGAACCUGACCAUUGCAGAACAUUCUCCCAAGCUUUAGUUUUAUGUCAGACUGAAACAGGUUGUCUUGCAGUAUCUCUCUGUAUUUUGCACCAUCCGUAUGUCCAUCAGUUUUAACAAGAUGCCCAGUCCCCACUGAGAAAAGCUUCUCCACAACAUGAUGCUCCUCACAGCUGAUGGUGUUUGUUGAGGAGUGAACAGUGUUAGGCUUGCACCAAACAUAGCAUUUUGAAUUUUGGCCAUACAUACACAAAACCUUAUCCCACAUGUUAGCUGAGUCCAGACGUGCUGUAAUUUAUUUUUUUCUUUUUUAGUUUAAUUUAGUUUUCCUUCUAGCCACCCUCUCAUACAGGCCAGUUAUAUGCAAAGCUCUUGAUAUCGUUUCCUGGUGCACAUUCACUCCAGUCUCAGCCACUGAGCUCUGUAGCUCCUUCAGAGUGAUUGUUGGCCUUUCUGUGGGAUCCCUCCGAGUCCUUUUCAUGUUCUGAUGCUGAGUUUUGAGGGACGGCCUUGUCUAGGCAGUGCCUCGGUGGUAUGAUGCAGCUUCCAUUUGCUCAGAGUUGAUCCAACAGUCCUCAAAGGGUUCCAAACACUUGGAUAUUAUUUAGUGACCAUGUCUAUAACUUUAUUUCUAAUUUCCUUAAAAUGAUCGUUAGUCUUCAUUUUCACAGCUUUCCUUCAGAUUCACAGUCCGAUCAAUUAGACUUGAAUUAAGGGCUCUUUUAUCCAGAACUUUUUAAAUGAUUCACAAGCAGAGGCCAAUUGUAAGCCACUUGUGUCCUCAUUAGGGCAGUAUCUUUCAUCUGAGCAUCCACUGAGAAAUAACGUUAUUAACAGAGAAAAGCAGAUUAAACAUCAGAAAUAUCCACA